CAGAGAGCAGGACAGGCUCAUUGGCAGAAGGACUCCUGGCGAGAGUUUGGGUGAACACUACUGCCAUUGUAAGCAGUUUCUUGGGCUCCUUUCCAGCAGAGGGACAAAGAGCUUUUGGAAGGAGACACAAGAUGAGUUAUCCCCUUGGAGCCUUCAUUUUCGGACUGCUUUCAACCUGCCUGCAAUGGGAAGGUGCUCAAUGCCUUCCAGGGUACAACCUGACGGUCCCCCCUGAAGUGAGAGUACAGGAGGGGUUCUGUGUCGUCAUCCCCUGCAAAUUCACUUACCCAGCAUCGACUGACACCAGUGGUGUUGAAUUGCAUGGAUAUUGGUAUACCGUAGGCAGCAGAACUUACAAUGAUGCAAUGGCCACCAAUGAUGAGAAUAAAUAUAUAGAUCGUUUCGCUCAGAAUCGCUUCCUUCUGUCGGGGGACUUGGAACAAGGAGACUGUUCCCUCACCAUCAAGAAUGCCCGCAAAAGCUCCGAUGAAAGAGCAUACUAUUUCAGAAUACAGAAAGGCACAAUAAGAUUUAGCUACUCAGAUUUACCUACAUUAGUGAAAGUGGCAGGUCAGAGAAAUUUCACAGGUGCUUCCCAUAUCGAAGUCCAGGAAGGUGACUCCAUCACGUUGUUCUGCAGGAUAAAGAGCAACCCCUCAGCCAAUGCAACCUGGGUGACAAAAUCACAAAAGACCACUGGUUGGCAAUCCUCCAGAACCAAUAUCCUGAAAAUUUUGAAUGUGAAGCUGGCGGACAAACGGGGAUACAAAUGCCGUGCAUCAAACACAGAGGGCGAGACUGAUGCCGCCUUCCAGCUCUAUGUAGCAUACAGCCCCAGGCCAUGUGAACAGAAUAAUUCCCGAUGCUGGAGAGAUGGCAAUGGAUUCCAGUGCAACUGUUCCAUCUGCUCCUAUCCUGCACCUAGAAUUCAGUGGCAAGUGAAUGGGAAGAACUUGGAGGGGAACUACACUGAUGAGACCAUGAAGGUCACUUACUGGAAUAAGACGGAAGAAGCCACCAGCACUCUGUACUUGACAGAGGACUUGGAUGGAGAGCAGCAUAUUGUCUGCCUUGGAACCAACCCUGGCGGACAGAUUCCCUUGAAGUUCUUUGUGGCUAGUUCAGGAGACUCUCUGAAAUGGAACCUAAUCAGCGGUGUAAUGGGUGCCCUCGUCAUGUUGGCUGUCGUCAUGCUGAUCGUUAUCAUCGUCGUUCUGAUUUCCAGAAGGUCUUCUGCUAAAUUUUCUCCAUCCACUUCAGGUACCCAAAGGACAGAAAACCUUUGACUGCCUCAGAAUCUAUCGCAAAGCCCUUGACUCACGUCCACAGCGAGCUUUCCCCAGAUGUCAAGCGCAACAGCCUCGCGGUCCCUAAUCCAGACGAAGGCAAGGACGUUCCAGAAGAUCAAGAGAAGUUUGAUGAAUACCCCGACCAAAUCUCCAACGACCCCGAAGAGUUGCAUUACGCAUCUCUCAACUUUGGUGAACUGAAAUGUUUACCAGAACCCACUUCAGAAGAAUCCAAGUCAGAUUAUGCUGAAAUCAAGAAGGUCUAGUCUGCAGAUGUUGAAAGAGGAGACGGAGAGGCAGGUUUAAGAGGAUUUCUCAAGUCUAGUUGACACUGCGAACAAAGGAGGUCACCUCCUGGUUCUGAUCUGCUGUCUGCCCUCCGAAGAAACCUCUUCCUCAUAGUGUGCAUGUGUCAAUUACCCUUCCUGCUCUUGUCCAUUUCUCUAUACCCCCUUUGGGGGAAGCAUAGGCUGCCCAUUGUUUGCUCUGAAAUGUGAUCUGCAGCAAGUGAAAGAAGGGGAAAGGGGGCCUGUAGCUUUGUGGCACAGCACAUGCUUUUCAUGCGCAAAGCCCUGGGUACAACCUUCCAGCCAAAGGUUCUGAGGUUUCAGGGGUGGGAGACGAUGCCCACCUGUGAUCCUUAGAAACCACCUCUUGUCAGUAAGGCCGGCCUGAACAUUAGGCAGAGUAAGGUUUGCCUCAGGCGGCAAAUGUUGAGGAGCAGCAGGGGCAGCCUCCUAGCUGUUUGCCAGUAUUGAAGUAAGAUUCAACUGCCACUCUGGGCAGUUCCUUUGUAUAGAAAGCGGGGGGCACCAUCUUGUCCUAUACCUCAGCAGCAAAAUGUAUUGGGACAGCUCUGGCCAAUUGGAGCAAAGAGCAUUUAUUUUAAGGGAGCUUUGUAGGCUCAGUUGAGCCCUCUCCUGCAAAAAGCUCCACCCCCUGAUUUUCAAUGGGUGUCAAACUUGCUAAAAGCAGAGGUGAGAGCCUGAGCAAUGUCUCUACACCGCCUCACUCGUAGCUUGGAACUGUCUACACUGGCUGGUAGCAGAACUCCAAGGUUUUGGGCGGUGGGCAGUCCGUAUCUGGAGAUGUCAGGGUUGAACCCUCAAUGCAGAGCAGGUGCUCUUCAAAAAUUUGUGUGCACGCAGAGGACUUCUGAGUGCAGCCUUUUCGAUUUCAGCCGUGUGUUUCAGAAAUAAGGUCUCAGGCUGAAUAUGUGUUAUUCAUUCUAUAGGAAUGGCAUUGCAGGAAUUAAGGCUGCAACACCGUGGUAGCUAGUUGAAGACUCCUAAGGAUGCGGACAAGAGAGGAUAUUUUAUUUAGGAUAGCUGUUUCUAGCUGUCUUCAUUUGCUAAUAAUCUUAUUGUUUUGUUCUUUAUGUAAACCGCUUUGAGGGUUUGCGACAAUCGAGCGGCAUAUAAAUAUUGCGAAAUGAACGAAUAAAAUCAACAAAGUCUUGCAGCUCCGCCUGCCAGUCAACCAAAGAGUGACAUCUCACAGCACGUGCCUUUGUGCAGGCAUUGAUUUGCAGCCUGCUGCAGGCUUUGAAAUGGAAUCCUCAGAGUCCCAGUGUUGUUGUUUUCCAUUAAAGAAAGAAACAACCAGCCAUAU